UGGGGGCCGGUGCCCUUUCCCCGUUUCAUUUGCUGCGUGUUGCAUUUUCUAAGCUCUUAUGGGUCACCGGCGUGUCCCCUUGGAUUUAGGGAGAAGAAAGCCAGGUCUAGGAUAGGGGUUUCAGUUCAGCCAAACCCUCGACUUGGGCGGGUGCGUAAGUCCCGGGAGAACUGCUGGGUAUCGGCUGCGUGCUGGGCUUCCGAGAAACUUGUGAAAUGCUGAUGACAAUAGGGUGGACGACAGUAAUUAAAAGUAAUUGGUGACACAUCUUAGUUAAAACGGGCAGGCACCAGAAGGCACUUACUGUCGAUGAAUACCCGUCCCUGGUGUCACAGGCUUCCUGUGUUUUGCAGGGGCUGGUCUCCCUUCCUGGGAAGCAGGACCAGUCAGGGUGAGCGUGGCCUGCGCGCAGCUCUGCAUUCCCGGAGGGGUUAGGGGCCUGCAGCCAGCGGGGACACAGGCCCAGCGAUCUCAGUGUCCCCUGGGUGGGCGACAAUCAGCGCUCUAUUUAGCGUCUGAUUGAAUUUAACCGUGCCGGGUUGUUCUUUUCCUUCCCUCAAGUAGACUUUAUGCCAUACAACUAUUUUCUUGCCCCAGUUCUAGCAGAAUCUAACCAGUGUUCUAGAAGAAAAUGUCCUGCCCCCAUGCAGUCUCCUUAGAAUUGCAGGGUGCUGCUCAGAACUGCUCCUGUGGAGAGCUUUGUCUGUUGUUUGGAUCCAGCAGCGUAUCUGGGGCUCUUGUUUGAAGCCUGCCAAGGAGAGGAGGGGGGUUUUGAAGAGAGAACACCAGGCUCUAGCCUGUCACAGAACUAGGGGUGUGGAGGGCGCCUGCAGUGGAUAAGGUCUGGAAGACGCUGAUCAGUUCACCUGCCCCACUGGUUGUUUUUAAACAAAUUCUGAUACAGGUGACAUCCUCACUGCCCUCCAGAAACAGACCAAAGAUUGUCAUUCAUCUCUUCGCUGUGCACCACUGGCUUGCAGGCACUCAGGUGGAGUAGGAGAAGGAGGUCUGAAGCCCUACAGAGGGACCUUGCUCUCAUUCUUCAAGUCCGAAACGCUGGGAGUCCUUGGAAAAAAGACUCAGGGUUAAACCGGCACAAUGGAUUGGGGGACCCUGCACGCUGUCAUCGGGGGUGUCAACAAACACUCCACCAGCAUCGGGAAGGUAUGGAUCACCGUCAUCUUUAUCUUCCGAGUCAUGAUCCUCGUCGUGGCUGCCCACGAAGUGUGGGGGGACGAGCAGGAGGACUUCGUCUGCAACACACUGCAACCGGGUUGCAAAAAUGUGUGCUACGACCACUUUUUCCCAGUGUCCCACAUCCGGCUGUGGGCCCUCCAGCUGAUCUUCGUCUCCACCCCGGCACUGCUGGUGGCCAUGCAUGUGGCCUACUACAGGCAAGAAACCGCCCGCAAGUUCAGGCGAGGAGAGAAGAGGAAUGAAUUCAAAGACCUAGAGGACAUUAAAAAGCAGAAGGUUCGGAUAGAGGGGUCGCUGUGGUGGACGUACACCAGCAGCAUCUUUUUCCGAAUCAUCUUCGAAGCGGCCUUUAUGUAUGUGUUUUACUUCCUUUACAGCGGGUACCACCUGCCCUGGGUAUUGAAAUGUGGGAUUGACCCCUGCCCCAACCUGGUCGACUGCUUUAUUUCUAGGCCAACGGAGAAGACCGUGUUUACCAUUUUUAUGAUUUCUGCAUCUGUGAUUUGCAUGCUGCUUAAUGUGGCGGAGUUGUGCUACCUGCUGCUCAAAGUGUGUUUUAGGAGAUCAAAGAGAGCACAGUCCCAAAGCAAUCACCCCAACCACACCCUGAAGGAGAAUAAGCAGAAUGAAAUGAACGAGCUGAUUUCCGAUAGUGGUCAAAAUGCAAUCACAGGUUUCCCAAGUUAAACAUUUCAAGGUAAAACGUAGCUGGGUCACAAGGAGACUUGUCUUCUCCAGAAGGCAAUGCUGACCUGAAAGUUCCUUCUCUAGCCUGAAGAGUUUGUCUUUAUAAAUGACUUUCAUAGUAAAUAGACACACCUGAGUUACUUUUUGUAGGAUACUUGUGCCAUUCAUAUGCAAAGUAAUCAAGUAUGUGGUUGAUCUCUGAAAACAAGGGACUGCUUGAGAGAGGAGCGUUGCUGUCACUUCAACAGCUUCCUUUAAGUGGACCUCUGACAAAGUGGGUACUUUCUGAAAAUUUAUGUAACUGUUGUUGAUAAAGGACAUUUAUCUAGAAGUUGAUACUUUUAUUAGGAAAAGAUAUUUUUAUAGGCUUGGAUGUUUUUAGUUCUGACUUUGAAUUUAUAUAAAGUAUUUUUAUAAUGACGGGUCCUCCUGGAAAAACAUGCCAUGUCAGUUUUAGAAUUAUACCACAAGUAUCUAAAUUUGGAACUUACAAAGGGUUUAUCUUAUAAAUAUUGUUUUGCAUUGUCCGUUGGCAAACUUGUGAACUAUCAUGAGAAGCUUAAGGUGGAAAGUGUUCAUUGUACAAUAUAUUUUUACUGCUUUCUGAAUAUGGAUGGAACAGUAUGGAAGUGGAAGGCUUUUGAACUCACCUAUUUGCCAAUCAUUGCGAACAACUGAAGCAUGAAUGUGACUGCCUCAAUAAAGCGUGGCCCCAUUGUUUAAGCCUU